AUUAAGAUGGAGUUCCCGCUUGAAGCAACAUAUGAGGAACUAUGUCCGAUUUGUGGAGACAAAGUCUCAGGAUACCACUAUGGCCUUCUGACCUGUGAAAGUUGCAAGGGCUUUUUUAAACGCACUGUUCAGAAUAACAAACGAUACACCUGUGUAGAAAACCAGAGCUGUCAGAUCGACAAAGCACAAAGGAAGCGGUGUCCUUACUGUCGAUUCCAAAAAUGUUUGACUGUCGGAAUGAAGCUGGAAGCUGUACGAGCGGAUCGAAUGCGAGGUGGCCGGAACAAGUUUGGGCCCUUGUACAAGCAGGACAGGGCGUUAAAACAGCAGAAGAAAGCUCUCAUUAAUGGCAAUGGAAUUAAACUGGAUCCUACCUCUUAUGUGAUGCAAAGCCUACCAAUGGACCGGACCACACCCAUCACUAGUGAAAGCCUACACUCAGCAUCCAAGUGUCUAUCCUUAAGCUAUAACAGCUUGUCAUCGUCAGCAGGAGAUUAUGACAGCAACGUGGUUGACGCUUCUCCAGUCAACAUGUCCCUUGCGGCACAUGGUGCCAUGCCAGGGUACCACCUGUGCAGCCCCUUCCCGAGCUGUCACGUCAAGUCGGAACACAUGGACCCCAGCUACCCGGGAUCCCCCGAGCCGUUGCUCAGCAACCCGUACCUGGAGGUUUACAGGCCCAGUUCAGCCGCAGCUGUGCCACAGCUGAUACAGGAGUUGGUGAAGUGUGAACCAGACGAGGCCCAGGUCCGGGCAAAGAUCCUAAAUUACCUGCAGCAAGAGCAGACCACCAGAGGGAAGCAUGAGAGGCUCAACACGUUUGGCAUCAUGUGCAAAAUGGCUGAUCAAACCUUAUUCUCCUUGGUGGAAUGGGCCAGGAGCAGCAUAUACUUCAAGGAGCUGAAGGUUGAUGAUCAGAUGAAGCUUCUCCAGAACUGCUGGAGUGAACUCCUGGUAAUGGAUCACAUCUAUAGGCAGCUGGCUCACGGGAAGGAGUCUAGCAUCCUUCUGGUGACAGGGCAACAGAUUGAUCUUUCAACUAUCGCUUCACAAUCAGGAGCCACUCUGAAUACCCUGGUGACCCGUACGCAGGAGCUGGUGACCAAGCUUCGCUCCCUGCAGACUGACCGGCAUGAGUUUGUCUGUCUGAAGUUCUUGGUGCUCUUCAGCCCUGAUGUGAAAAGCCUGGAAAACCGCCCUUUUGUUGAGACCAUCCAGGAAAAGGUAAACAGGGCUCUGAUGGACUACACCAUGUGCUUCCCGCAGCAGGCUGACCAGUUUGGACAACUUCUCCUGAGGCUCCCUGAGAUACGAGCGAUCAGCAUGCAGGCUGAGGAGUACCUCUACCUCAAGCACUUGAAUGGAGAUGUGCCUUGCAACAACCUACUGAUCGAAAUGCUCCAUGCCAAGCAUGUCUAAUUUGAAAAUAUGGACCUUCCGAGUAAGACAGAAGCACGCUCAAGGUUCUUACCUUUGGCCCAAGGGAUUCAAGAUCAUCCAGAAAUCUGAAAAUUGAAGCUGUACAUAGAAUGAGAUUUUCACAUUUACAGCCAGAGAUAAAGGAAGGGCCACAAGUGAAUAUGCAAAUAAACUUGACCUUUUCCUUGAAUGGACUACACUUUCCUUUGGAGCCUAUUUUUAGCAAAGCCACUCU